GGCAAGAGGAAAGGGUAUUUCAAACAUCCAUAACCAUCUAUUUUCUACUACUAGUGCACCACCCACUUCAGCAUGGAUUCCAGCAAUGGGGCACUUGAUAUCGUCAUCACCAAUGUGGUGUCGACUUUCACCACCCUGUGUCCCCUCAACUUACGCACCAUUGCCCUGAAAGGAUUCAACGUCAUCCAUAGGCGAGGAGCUGGACGAGUCCAGAUGAAGAUGCGUAAACACAAUGUAACAGCCUCAAUUUGGUCCUCAGGGAAAAUCAUGUGCGCUGGAGCAACAAGUGAGGACGAGUCGAAACGUGGUGCUCGCAGGGUAGCGCGCUCUCUGCAGAAACUAGGCUUCAACGUGAGGUUUUCAGCCUUCAGAAUCGUGAAUGUGCUGGCAGUUUGCUACAUGCCCUUUGCAGUCCACCUCAUAGACUUCACUAAGAACAACUUCCCCAAUGCCAGUUACGAACCAGAGCUCCAUCCAGCUGCCACAUACAGGAUCACAAACUUCAAGGCUACUGUUCAAGUGUUCGCCACUGGCAGCAUCACAAUUAUAGCACCAAAUGUGAAGAAUGUGGUCAAGGGUGCGGAGAAAGUCUACCCACUGCUGUUUCAGUGUAAGAAAUCCCUACGCAAAUAAAUGAAAUGCAUUCCGAAGAAGACAGAAGAUGUAGGUGAAAGAGAAGACAAGACUGAGGCAGCACCUUAUAUGUGGACAUUAUUUGCUUGAUUUUAUCACUAGAUGGCAACAGCCCAUCCACGGAUUAUCUUAACAAAAACCAACGGAUCAUAUUUAAUUACCUGGAUCUAGGAUUUAAAAUGAACAUCUAGGGAAUGGACAUAGAGUUAGUGACUUCUUACAAGUACCUGGGUGUUCACCUGUACAAUAAACUGGACUGGACCGAUCAUGCCAGUGCACUCUUUUAGACGGAGCAGACUGUAUCUGCUCAGGAGACUGAGGUCUUUUGGAGUGCAGAAGAACCUUUUAUGACUUUGUGUUUGCAUCAGCCUUCUUCUUUGGAGUAGUUUGAUGGGGCAGCAGCAUUUCCACUGCUGACAGGAAGAGACUGGAUAGACUGAAUAGGAGGGACAGCUUGGUCCUGGGAUCCCAGCUUGACUCUGUGGAGGUGGUGGGACAGAGGAGGAUGAUGGCGAAGCUGUCUUCUCUUAUGGACAACAAGUACCACCCCCCUGCAGGACACCAUCACAGAACUGGGCAGCUCCAUCAACGUCAGACUGAUACACCCCAAGUGUCAGAAGGAGAGCUAUCGCAGAACACUCCUUCCUGCAGCAGUAAGACUAUACAACCAGCUCUGCUCCCAGAGCUAUUACCUGCACCGAAGGAAAAUAUAC